CUGACUAAGGAAGUGGCCUUUUACUAAUUUCUUUUUUAAUUAUGAUGAUUGUAUGGCGUUAGACGGGUUAAUUGUCUCUUUUUUUAUUGUUUUGAUCGCGCAUGUUUAAUUGCAUCGUUCCGUUGAUCUCUUGAACUGUAUCGAUUAUUAUCUGUCGCAGUCACGAUGACAGUCACUGUGAUCAUCUGUAACUAAUGAAUGAACCGAAAACAUCUGACCUAUUAUACCAGAAACUGGCAUAUUUAACUGUAGCCACUGUUAGUGUAUGGAUAUUGGACGUACUUGAACAAAGAUCCCGGAAGAAUCGAAGGUAAAUUGUUUAAUUUGACGCUAUUUAGCAGAUCGCAACCGGUCGCUCGCGACAAAACGCGUUGAAUACAUGUGCUGUUAGAGGACAGGCGUUAAAGUAAUAUAAAAUAAACUAUAUAACCACUCUCCAUCGUCAUGGAUUACAUACACACGGCCAGAUCAGUGGAAGACCGUCUCUUGAGCUACAGAAAAGACGAGUCCGGAUGGAAAACAUGCAAGAAAACUAAUGAUGUUGUGGUGUAUUGGAGACCCUCUUGUGAAUUCGCGGGAUAUGUGUAUAAGGGGGAGGGGAUUGUCAAUGGCAGUCCAGAGAAAGUGUGGGACUGCUUGAAACCUGAAAUCAAUGGACUACGUGUAAAAUGGGAUGCUAAUAUAAAAAAGUUUGAGCUGCUUGAGCAGGUGUCUUCGGAUGUUUCGAUCUGUCGAACGGUCACGCCUUCGGCUGCUAUGGGUAUUAUAUCACCUCGAGAUUUUGUUGAUGUCAUUUCCGUUAAACGCUAUGAGGAUGGCACAGUUUCAUCAAAUGCUACCAAUGUAAGCCAUCCAAACUGUCCUCCUCAACCUGGCUACGUCAGAGGCUUCAACCAUCCUUGUGGCUGUUUUUGUGUUCCUGUUCCUGGGGAACCAGGCAAAAUGCAGCUGUUCAGCUUUUUCCAGACUGAUCUUGGAGGUUUGCUUCCUCGUUCGGUUGUCGAUUCAUUUUUCCCCACUAGUAUGGUGGAGUUUUACAGCAACCUGACCAAAGCCGUAAAAUCGCUGAAAUAGCACCAAUGGCACUUUAUAGAUAAUAUACCCCCCUUUAAUCUUAAAUGUGAAUAUUUUAAUAAUUUGAUGCACUUAAUUGCAUUUAAUUAAGUUUUAGUGGACAGUGAAUUUACUGUACUUAUAGAUUUAUUCCUGAUUCUUCCAAUAGCUACACGUGUCCAAACACACUUGCACAUAGAGUUAAGAGUACUGGAACAUUUUGUUUGACAUAUUAUUUCGGAAAUUCUGAAAACUUGAUUCAAACAAUGAACUAUUGCACAAAAAAAUGAUACAUUUAUGCAUUUGGCAGAUGCUCUUACAGGGUUUCUGCGGAUUUUAAUCUUAAUUCACUUUUACACAAAUUAAGGUCUUAAAAGGCCCUAAAUAGGUGCAGAAAGCUUAUAAAUUCAUGAAGUUAUGGCAUUCAAUGUUGCAUGCACUGCAAAAAAUGAAUAUUUUCCUCAUUAUUUUUGUCUUGAUAUUUUGGCGGAUCAAAUAUCUGAACAUCCUUAAUCAAGAUACAUUUACUUGAGAUGCAAAAUGAAUAUAUGAAGUCUGAAACUGAACUAAACAGCACAAAAUUAAGUGAGUUUAUGCUUAAAACAAGAACAAAUAUUUGUCAGUGGGGUCUGAAAUGGGGUCUUAUUUUGAGCCCUUUGACAGAUUUUUGUUCUUGUUUUAUUCAUAAACUCCAUUUGGAUAAAUUUCUCAGAAACAUGGCAAUUUGCUUCUUGAUUUAAAAAUUUUUUAGACGCUUGCACCACAAAACAAGACAAAAUAACUGAGGAAGAACAUCUCUUUUUUUUUUGCAGUGUGAUCAGAAGCUACAAUGAAAGUAAUUUCCAUACUCUUGGUUGGGAGCAGAGGUAUUUAAGCCAUAAGCUAUUUUUAGUAAAAUGUAUGAAAAAGUAAAAGAGUUUUGUUGGAAGUUUCAAACUGUUGCUAAUACAACCCAUUGUCUGCUCUAGACAUUCACAUUUAGAGAACAUAUUGAUGUUUUGUGUUCCCUUCACUCCAUUUCAUAAAUUUUCUUUACAUUGUCUUAAAAUGUCUUCAUAAAAUCCUGCAGAAACCCUGUUUUAUCCAAAGUGACUGAAAGUGCAUUCAAAUUACAUUUUAUCAGUCUGCUUGUUAUAUGGGAAUUCCAUGGAGUCAUUCCAUCAGGGUUUUUUUUUUUACCAUAAUUCAGUAGUGUGAUCUUAUAAUGUAGCAUGAUAAUAGAUUUGGAUUAUUUUCAUUCAUAUAGGGCAUUGUUAACUUUUUUUGGACUAUACAGCUCUAUUUUAAAAGGUAGUGAGCUGCCUUGCCGUCUGCUGGUUUGGAGCUCCCUACAUAGGCAGCACAAAUAAUGCUCCUCACAUGAAGCAUAAGGGACUCGACUCAUGAUUGGUUUAAAGAGUUUGAUUUUAUCAUACAACAUGACGCUACUUUAGAAUGAGGUAUCUUAGAAGGCAACAUAGGGUUACUGCUUCUGUGUCAGGAGUGCAUGUUUGAUGUCUGGCCUAAAUAGGCAGUUCACUCAUUUUUGGAACAGAGUUUUAUUUUAAUAAGCUGUUUUGAGAGUUUCAGUUACAUAUUUGAGGACAGUUGUCUUAGACUAGAGAUUACAUUUUUGAAUAUUGGAGUUUUUGAUAGAUGCUCAAGCUUGACCCUUAUACACAAGUCUGGGUGUUACUUAUGCUGAAACUUUCUAUAAGUAUUUCUAUAUUUGAAUAGUGAUAUUUUAGCGCAUAAAUGGCUUUGGCAAAUCAAUGUUUACUGACAGACACAUAUCUUCAGACAAAUUUGAAGAAUUGCAUUUACUGCUGUUCUCUGUUAACACAACUGAGUUUAUGUACUGUAUUUUUGAGACUGACAAAAAAGGCCAGAACAGUCAUGACAGAAUUAUGAUGAGGGAUGUUAUGAUAUAAUGAUAAAAGAAUAGCCCACAGGCUUAAGGUUUAGCUGGUUAGCAUGACCCCAGUGGCCCCUGCUGGUGGCCCAGUAUAAAGCUUUUUUCUCCACCGAUGGCCAAUCAAAAGUAUCCUUGUGUUUGUGUAUACAAGUAUCCACAUCCACUGGGUCCUGUGCCAGCCAGACCAGCAACUGCCAUUAAGAUGAAUGAGAAGUCUAAUAGAACGGGGAGUUGAGUGGAAUCCUGUGUGGAAUCAGAGUAAUUAAGAAUGACUGAGAUUCCAUUUUUUUAGUUCCCGAGUUUGAAUUGAGGUAGAGACCGGGAUGCAGAGUUUGAAUUAGAAUUUACUGAAUUGAAUUAAACAAGUGACUGAAUGAAAUUUAAAGAAAUCAUCUGAAAUAUUUAAAAUUAAUAUUAAAUAUAGUAUGUUAUAUACUUAAUAAAUUAACUCAAUGAGUUAAUCAUUUGAUGAACCAUGGAAGAAAGUUAAAAAGGGAUAGUUUACCGAACAAUUCUGUCAACUCACCCUCGAGUUGUUCCAAAUCUGUAUUUAUACUUGAAGACAAAAUAUAUUUAGAGGAAUGCGGGUAAGCAAAUUAUUGCUGGUAGCCAUUGACUUCCGUAGUAUGAAAAAAUAAAAAAUACAAUGGAAGUCAAUGGCUACCAGCAACUAUUUAGUUCAGACUCAUACAGAUUUGGUGUGAAGUUGAACUCUCCCUUUAAUUUCCCAAAAUGCUCCAAUUUUCCCCAAAGUCUAAAUGAUUGUGUUUGACUAAUGAGUUCCUCUGUUGUUUGAUUGUUGAACAUCUCAUUUCAAAUUCUAUUCCAAUUUUGCAUCCUGUGGGGCGUGGCCAAUUCAAUUAAAAUAUACAUGCAUGAAUUAAAAGGGAGUGCAUUUUUAAAUUGACAGUUUUGCCCGACCCUUUUAAAACUUUCCAAAAAUAUGGAAAUUAUGAUUUUUAUUUUUUUUUCCAUAGACAUAGUAGAAAUGAAUCCCAUUUUGGCUUUCUAUCUCUGCUUGUAAUACGUCAUAAUCGCACAUGGACAAAGGGACUGUUUAAUAUAGCACUGCUAUGACUGACCUCAGAGGGAACCCAGUGUGUUGUGUGACUUUUUGAUCUCUUUAAUUACCUUUUGCCCGUUUGUGUCUAGC